CCUGGGCCAGCAGCAUCAGCCGGGUCUCGCCCUCCCUCUCUCACGCUGGAGACGCCACCUCCACCCACCUUCCAGUAUCCACAACCAUCAGCUCCGAUCCACCCCAGUAAGAUCCCCUCACACACCCACUCGCUGGAAAGCACCAGCAGCUGGAAAGCACCAGCAGCCCAAAAUCACAAUACCUUCAACGCAAUCAACAACACCAUCACCAGCACCAUCACCAGCAGCAGCAGCAGCAGCAGCCAUGUCCAGUCGUAGAAAGUCCUCCACCCCCUGCAUGGUCCGGCUCGUCACUGACCGGCCUGAAGAGCGAGACGAAGCAGAGGAGCUGAUGGAAACAUCCACGGACAAGUCAGAGUCACCUGAAUGUGCAGAGAAGAGUCCAGUCUCCGAGCAGGAGAAACCAGAGGAUCCAGAGGAUCCAGACCAGCAGACAUUUCCAAAUCCAGAGGAGAAGCAAACUGCUGAGCCAGAAGAACAAGAGCAGCCGUCGGGCAAAGAAGACCGACCCCCUGUCAUUGAAGAUGUAGAAGCCACAGAAGAGAAGGACGGGGUAGAGGCUGAAUCCGACCCAACAUCCCAGAAGAAGCUGCCCAGAGGUUACGAGUGCAAGUACUGCCCGUUUGCCACCCAGAACCUGAAUGACUUUAAAGAGCACGUGGACUCGAGCCACCCUAACGUCAUCCUCAAUCCGUUGUACCUCUGUGCCGUCUGCAACUUCAACACCAAGAAGUUCGACUCCCUCACCGAGCACAACGACAGCCAGCACCCGGGCGAGACCAACUUCAAGUUCAAGAGGAUAAGAGAGAACAAUCAGACCGUCUUAGAGCAGACCAUCGAGGGCCAGGCCAACCCAGUCGAGGAACCAGGUGAGAGCACCAGCUCUGUGAUUCCACCCUGCAUCUCUACCACGUUGAAAACCCCGGACAGUAUCCAGCCGCUCUAUCGAGGAGGCGACCCGAAGAGCCAGCUGGAUCAGAUCACAGCCGUCAACAUCAAUGGAACCGUCAUCAUCCCAGAACCCCCCGUCCUCCGAGGGCUGUCCCAUGUCAGCCCCAUGCUCCAGCGCCCGCCCAACUUCAACUCUGUACCAAAAAUAGCUGUUCCCUUGAACACUACCAAAUAUAACCCUUCUUUAGAUGACAACCUGACAUUGAUCACCUCCUUCAGCAAAUUCCCUUACCCCACCCACGCUGAGCUGUCCUGGCUCACAGCUGCUUCCAAGCACCCGGAGGAGCAGAUCAAAGUGUGGUUCACCACCCAGCGCCUGAAGCAAGGCAUCACCUGGUCCCCGGAGGAGGUGGAGGAGGCAAGAAAGAAAAUGUUCAAUGGUUCCAUCCCUCCUGCCCAUCCCAUGUUCACCAUCCUCCCUACAAGCUCCCAGCCGUCUGCCAAAGCCCCCCAGCAGUCCACUGUCCACACCACGGUGGAGCCUUCAGGUCACGUCUGGACCACCACGUCCAAUGGGUCGGGUGUAGUCACCACCACCAGCUCUCCAGCCGGGGUCACACUCUGCUCCACCCUGAAACGGACCCUACCAGCACACCUGAUGGCGCUGUGUGGCCCAGAGGCUAAGCGACCCAUUAUGGCAGUCGCCCCCCAUUCUGGUGACCCUCGAGACAAGGGCCUCAUGGCUCCUCCUCCACCCCCUCCACCCCAGAAAGACCACUUCCCCAUGGCCCCACCUCCUGUUCCCUUAGAGAUGAAGAGGCCAUCCGCUGCUGUGCCUUUAAUGCCUCCACCCUCAUCUUCACCAUCAUUGUUGUCCAAAGGGAAGAUUCUCUCGACAGUAGGAAGCCCCAAGUCAAAGCCGGUGAUCUCACGCUCCUCCAUUGUCUUCCCAGAUUUCUUAACAAGGCGGACGAUAGCCCCCCCGCCUAUCUUUGCCCCUCCGUUUAAAAAAUCCUUAUUUCUUCCUCGUGCCCUGCCCAUUGCUUCCAGAGAAAAGCCCCCGAACACCCGGCCUCUGCCAGCUUCUGAUUUGAAGUUGCCAAACUCCCCUCCACUCAUUACCCCCCAGAUAAGAAGGCCGAGCAUUAUUCAGUCCAUCCGUGCUCCGGCUAAAGCCCCCCCACAGAGUCUGGGGUUCAGCCUGGAUGGUAAGAAACUAAAAGAGCAGCAGGGAGUGGAGCUGAAGGCCAGCUACCCCCGAGGAGACAAGGUGCUGACUCCUCUGACUGAGGCGAAUGGAGCCUCUCGCACUGACGCUAAAUGGCCUCAGCAUCAGACCUCUGCUCUUUACAACAAUGGAGGGACACAUAUGAAACCAGACUUUCAGCAGAAGUCCUCGGUGCUGACCCAGUUUCCUUUGCUGGAGAGAAUGAAAGGAAAAACGGCCGAACAGCUGAAGGUCUUGGAAGAGAACUUCUUGAGGAACAGCUUCCCGACACACAGCGAGGUGGACGGUCUGUCCGCCAGCACCCGCCUGUCUCACCGGGAAAUCGACAGCUGGUUCGUGGAGCGCCGUGCGCUGCGCGACAACCUGGAACAAGCACUCAUCAACUCCAUGGGCACUAAGAGGAUCGGGGGGGGGGGCCUCGCCGCCCUCACCGACAAACAGCUUCAUCAGCAGCAACACCAAACCCUCAAGCUGAAUGGGAUUCACAAACAGAGCAUCGGUGCCGGCCAUCUUAAAAGCCCUCUGCUACCUUCGCACACUCUGCCCAACAUCUCCCCCGGUACCACCGCCCCCCCCGUCCCCACCCCGAGCCCCUGCUCAGUGCCUCCAGACAGCCGGACCCUGGCGCUCCUCAAGGACGACUUUGCUCAAACACGGUGGCCUUGCCCUGAGGAGCUCCACCAGCUGGAGGGUCGGACGGGACUGGAUCGAUCCGACCUCGCCCGCUGGUUCAACGACAGCCGGCUGCAGAGCGGCAGCAUGGACCUGACAGAACUCUUCAACAACAAGGGAGUGAAUGGAGGACAGGGGGCGCCGGUGAGUUCCCCUGAAAACACUCCGUCCAGCAAAAUCCAGCUCUGCCAGGAAGGAGCCAUAACAAACAUCAGCAGCAGUAAGGUGCUGGAGCUGGAGCUGGGCUGGUUGAUGGAACAGCGGGCCAACAGCCUCAACAGCCUCAACAGCCUCAACAGCCAACAGCACGAGGACGUCCACGACCGGUUUGCUGGAAGACUGAGGCAGCAGGACGUGGUGCAGCUGAAGAACGGGGGACAGAACGGAGGAGGAGCGCGGGAGGUGUUCAGGAGCUGGCUGGAGGACGGACGCUCGAGGAGAGGACGGGAGCUGCUGCUGGACAGAGAGAGGAAGAUGGCGGAGGACGCGUCCGGGAGGCUGACCGGAUGAAACGGCUCAACGAGGAUCUGCUGCCGUCGCUGCUGCUGGAGACAGAAGAAGACAAAAGAACUUUUUAUCCAGAUGUUGUUUUUCCUUUUCAAUUUUUUGCCGAUGUUUUACCUUUUGAUUGUCGCACUGCAGAUCACGCACAACAGCCUUCACGUCACGUUGGAGGUGGAAGACUUCAGGGUUUUAUUUUGGCGAGGCUCAGAUUAGUGAAAUCAGUCAGAUUAGUGAUUUUUGUUGAUUUGACAAUAAGAUUUCAAAUCGUCAGUCUGGUCGAGUCUUUAAUCAGUUAAUCAUCGCGAUGUCACGUGACCUCGAGCCACACCCCCACUAACGAAACCAGGAAGUGUCAGAGCGGAGGCCGACCCUGAUUUGACCAAUCAGAACAGAGUGGAGCAGCCGACCAAUCAGGGCCCUCACCCAGCGAACAUCCUGAGGAACGUGAUUCUGAACAUUAGAGCAUGAAAUCAUGUUUCAGUCAUAACUCUCAUGAAAUGAUCAAACUCAAUAUGAACAGAAUAUUUGUCCUUCAUCAUCAAACACGUCCCUCGUCUUCUCCUCUUCGUCGUCUUCUAUAUUUUGGGGAAGUUCGGUGUAAAUUUAGUUUGUUGGUGGAAAUAGAUAUUACCAGUGAUAGAAAUAUGAAUUCAUCAUAAUUAAUGAACCUUCAUUUGUCUUAGUCCCUCUUUAAACAUCCCCUUUAAGAGGAAGCGGGGGGGGGGGGGGUAUACCUGAGGGGAUGUUGUGCGUGACCUGCGUUGCCAUGGAGAUGCGAGGACGAGUGCCCCGCCCCUGUGCCUGCAGCAGCCGACACAUCGACCAAUCGAGAGGCUGGAUUUCAAACAAACAAACAAGAACAAGAACUUAUAAAAACACAACGAGUGCCAAAGCUGGGAUCUGCUGCAUUCUCACUGUAAAUACAUAUAUAUGUUUGUUUGUUUGUUUUUCCUGUUUGCAACAGAUUUGUAAAAUUUUGCAGGAAACAUUUUGUUACAUUUUGUAAAAUGGGAGCAACUCGUCCCCCCCGAAACCCCCCCGAAACCCCCCGAACCUCCCAUCUCUCUCACUCUGUGGACUGAGCCGGACCUGGUUCUGCUUCUCUCGCUUGUCCGGAACCGGAGUGGAACCUCUAAAAAGAGAGAGAGACGGAGCAGCUGGCAACACUUCAGUCACUUCUCCUCCUCUCACCGGCUCUGGACGUCCGCUCGCCACCCCCCCGCUGCGAGGAGGAGGAGGAGGAGGGGGGGGGGGGGGGACCUGGCUUCACAUCAACUCGGAUUUAAAAACAAAACACAAAAAAAGCACCUUUGGACCUUUUUUCUUUUUUUACUGUGCUGAAGUGAAGUCAAGUGCUAUUAUUAUAUUAUUAUAUUAUUAUAUUAUUAUAUUAUUACUAUAUGAAGAUGAUCGUAGCCACUCUGUGUGAACUCUGUUUGAAGAACAAAGGAACGUGAAGCCGCUCUGCACUCGGUUCUGAGGAACAUGUUUUUACGACCAAGUGACUGUCGAGGAACUUUGUUUAAAUAGAAGAACAAACACAGACGAUUCAACGGUGACGAUCUCACACACACACACUUACACACACACAGACCCACACACACACACACACAGACCCACACACACACACACACAGACACACACACUCAACAGUGAAAUCCAACAACCCAGAAUCAUGCUGCCUGAAUCAUACUUUCAUCUCUCUCUCUCUUCUUCUCUCUGUCUCUUCUCCUCGCUCUACCACUCCGUCCCUUCUCCUUCUCUCUGUCUCUCUCUCGUCUUUCUUCCGUUUGUCUUCUUUGAUUGUUUUUUAUCUGUCGUUCUUCAUACUCACCUGUAAUAAGUAAAAACAGACAAAAAAAGAGGAAGAGUCUUUUCUUCAGUUCGGUAGCUUCAGUAGAAACUAGUUCCAUUCCGACAAAAAAAUAAUAUGAGUACAAACAAACUAUGAGCUUCUUUAUGUAUUGGUUCUGCCGCUGUAGUGUCCUUGUCAGAUUAAAAGAUGAUAAGACAUAUAUCUGAAAUCCUGUAUUUACAAUGCAUCGCAGGGCUGGCCUCAAACCACAGUCUCCACCCACCGGGCGCCGAGCCCGCAGCCGGGCGGUACCGAGCCGGGCGGUACCGAGCCGGGCGGUACCGAGCCGGGGGGCACCGAGCCGGGCGGUACCGAGCCGGGGGGUCUCCGUGGACACGCUCCUUUCUGCUUAAAGUUGCUGUAGUUUUUUUUACGGUAGCGUUUGGCGUCUCCGUGUCUCCGCUGCUUCACGUCCUCCUGCAGGACACGAGGAGACGCUGCUGACGCUUCCAAGAGACUUUUAUUUUUGCAAAUGUGUGAAGUUUGAAUUGAGUAUUUUUCUGAUGAAUGAUUGAAUGUAUUUGCUUUGGGGAGUUUAUACUGUCUGAAUGUUGGAGGAGGAAGGAGUCGAGCCCCUGAGACGACAGAGACGUCCCAGGUCGUCUCGGAGGUUUGACCUUCAAACUGCUGCUUGUGGCCGGAGAACAAAGAGACACAAUUCAUUCUGUCUGUUUUAAAACCUGUGACACGAGGCAGCUCCAAACAUCCUGAGACCUCACUGAGAGUCCAGCAGGACGUCCGAGGACGCAGCUCAUUAGUUCACACCGGCUUCAAACCACACAACUUUAAACAGAUUCAGCUGAGUCGUUGAGAAAAGGUCGAUUUCAUCUUCAAGGUGGAGUUUGGUUCUUCAGUGUGAGUUUGUUUCUCUUGGAUUCACAACAUCCAGGUUCAUUCACACUACAACACAAGUCGAUCUGACGCGUGUGCACGAGUCCUUCCUUUGUUUCAUCUGCUCUGUUUUCUCAUGUUGAGAUUUAAUCGGUUCCGUGCACCUGGUUUCCUACGAUUAACUUUACGUCUCAUUUUUGGUUCCUGGGUUAGGUUGCAAAUGUACGAAACCGAGACUGGGACCUGGUCUCUGUCGACUGGGACCGGGUCUCUGUCGAUGGGGACCGGGUCCCUGUCGACUGGGACCUGGUCUCUGUCGACCAGGUCCAGGUGCUCGACUGCGUUGUGUGUCGGGCGUUGAGGUCAGCCCUGCUUCAUAUCUGAGGUUCUGCUUCUUCUUCUACUGCUUCUGUCAAACAACCGGCCCUGGGCACAGAAACACACCUGAGCACGGUUCCCCCCCCCCAGCACCGAGGGGCGCUUGAUUUCAACUCAACAAACCAGCAGUUUUUAAAAGGUCAGAAACCUCGAGGGGGGUUUUCAGUCUGUGAACCAGUGUGAGGUCACUCGUCCUGAGACGCAGGAUUCAAAAUGUCUUUCCAGGUUUUAUGACUGAAAACGAUAAAAACAAAAAGCCAUCGAUUCUUUUUAAUUUCAUUGGAAAAGUAUUCAAGCUCUGUUUCUGUCUCCAGGAUGAAAACAACCUGUUGAUGUCUGUAUUUCAAUAAAACCGCCUUUUUCCAAAGGGUCAAACACUC